UUCUAGGGGAGACCCGAAGACAUGAAUGUACCAUUUCACACCAACAUUUCUUCCGUUUGCACAUCAUAUUUUUAUCCGGUAGUUGACCAGUCAAACGCCUUAAUGGUCCAGCUUCCUCACCGCAAGUUCUUAUAGAGAUACCUUUAUUUUUAUACAAUUUUAUUAGAUAUAUCGUUAUGUGCAAUGGGUAUACUCUUAGCCAAACUAUGGAGUCUAUUCUCAAACGAAGAACAUAAAGUAAUUAUAGUAGGACUAGACAAUGCAGGAAAAACAACUAUAUUAUAUCAAUUUUUAAUGAGUGAGGUUGUACAUACUUCACCGACCAUAGGAAGUAAUGUGGAAGAAGUCCAAUGGAAAAAUAUUCACUUUUUAAUGUGGGACAUUGGUGGUCAAGAAACUCUUAGAUCAGCCUGGCCUACGUAUUAUACUAAUACUGAUUUUGUAAUUCUUGUAAUUGAUAGUACAGAUAGAGAAAGACUUCAUAUAACAAAAGCUGAACUUUAUAAAAUGUUAGCACACGAGGAUUUAAAACAUGCAGCAGUACUUGUGUAUGCCAAUAAACAAGACAUUAAAGGUUCCAUGUCUGCCACAGAAAUCUCACAACAAUUAAACUUAACAUCAAUAAAAGACCACGGUUGGCACAUUCAGGCAUGCUGUGCUCUUACUGGUGAGGGGUUGUAUCAGGGUUUAGAAUGGAUCACAGCUCAAAUAAAAAGGUGAUGACAGGAACCAAUUCAAUGAACAUCCAGCCUUUUAUUUAUACAUCUCAUUACAUACCUCUCCUCCUUCAUAAAUGGUAUAUUCCGCCAUGUAAUUUAUUUUUAAGGAAACUUGACCGUCUAUUAUACAUUAACUUCUAGCGUCUAAAUUAGAUUAUUUAAUUUGAUCAUUUUAUUUUUGAUCAUUAUUCUCGUCUUGUAGUCAUAUUUUUAAAUAAUUUUAAGUGAUGUUACAGUUUAUUUUUCAUUAAUUGCUAUUUAAAAAAACACAACAAUAAUUGUUGCCCAAGGGCAGUAUUUUAUCUUGUGUGUAGUUUUGAUAACUAGGUGAUAUGCACUGUUUUUUUCCCUCUGUAAAAAUCAUGUUGUUUAGGUGUCAUGCUAUGGAAAAAUUGAGCAACAUGGGGUGCCUUGAUCAAUCAAUAGAGCAUUUUAAGGUUUCUGGUGUGUGUAAUAGUCUGCCAGACGACGUAAACAACUUGUAGGCUUAUUUGAAGCUGGUUCGUGACGUGCUAGAUUACUGUCUUGCACAUAAUAAGAAAUAAAUGAGCCCAACCAAUGCAACAUUUUCAUGGUUUCAUGGCAUUUGAAAUAUAUUAAUCCACUCACACACAUGAACAUCUUUCACUGUCAGAAACUAUUGUAACUAUUGUAACUGCCAUUUCCUGGCAUGGUUCAAUUUUUAAAAAUGUAUUAUUUAUUUAUAGUGUUUCAGCACAUUUUUUCCUAAUUUGAAAGAGGGCGUCUACACAGUUUUCGGUGAGCAAGUCUGAAGCAGAUUUUAUACUCGUUGUCUAGACUUAAACACUACUAUAUUAUAUUUAACACUAUACUGUAACAUGCAGAGUAGAUACAGUAUGUAAUUAAAUAACAAAAUUGAAAACAAAUUCUAGUGAACAGGGUUUUCGAAAGCUUAUGUGGAAUGAUAUUUUUACACUAGUCUGCAUCUCCCUUGAAAAGAUUAGCAUUGUCUAUAAAAGUAUUUGUAUAUAAAUCAUUAAUUUUUCUGUAUUAAAUGCACAGACAAAUCUACACAUGGUUUGGUGUUUUAUGUUUAAUUUUAGAUAACUAAAUGUGAUUUUGAUGGGUUAACAGUUCAGACGUCAUUACAGUACAUUUUGAAAUCAAGAACUGGCAGUGUUGCUUAAGCUUAAGCAGUCUGUUAUACGUAUGUAAUAUUCAAAGCUGAAAUAAUCUAACAUGUGUAACCCCUUGGCUGACUAUAGCAGAUUGUAGUCUGUCUAAUCCUUUGCUUGACCUUUCAAGAACUCCAUUGGUCUCCUAAUACUGUAAGAUUCUUGUUUAAUCUUGUUAUGCAAGGACUCAUCCCAUUGGUUGCUCAAUGUAAGUCAGCCAAUCAAAAUGCCUGUUGAAUGCAUGCACGUUUGUAAUGUAAGAAUCUUUUAAAUUGAGUAUCUGUAUAUUUUAACUUUUCAUCAUAUAGAAUUGCCAUACUUGGUCUCCUGUGCAAGCACAGAAAGAAUACCCUCUAAUUUGAGCCAUUUUGGUUUAAAAACAGAUAUUACAAACAUUUCUUCUCAUUUUACUGAUCUCAAGAUUAUUUUUUUAAAUUUGUUUUCCCCUUUACCAAAAAAAAUGUCCAAGAUCCUGAAUAGUGUUUCGUUUUCUUCAUCGUCAUGUCAACUGUUUUAAAUAUAGUUACAUCAGGAGAACAGUAAUGUGUUCAUGGGAAAGAACAAUAUGAAUUCUCGCCCCCAACGAGAUCUCGCCAGGCACUUUGUGUGCAAUGUUUAUUUAUGACUGGAAACCUGACUAUUACAAAUUGUUUUAUGCAAGUAAAGUACAACCACUAUUAUUCUUUGUUUCUUGCUUGUCAGAGAUUACGAAGAUGAGUACUUUUAUACUUGAAUUGUGUAGUUCAUGAACAUCUUUUUUUUUCUACUAUGGGUUUUAUCAUAGUGAAUAAAAUGGUAAUACAGUCAAGUUUAUA